AUGGACGGGCAUUGCACGGGGCGACGAAAGCCUGUGCCGCAGGCCCCGCCCCCUCCCGCGGCGGCCCCGCCCCCGGCGCGCGCCGGCCCCGCCCCGCCCCCCCCCUCCCUCGGCGCGCGGCUGCCGGAGUGCCCGGCUCGCCUGGCUUUUUUACCGCAGCGAUACCACACAAAGCGCCGCAGGAGCUCGGCAAGCCGGGGUCGGGGUCAGGAUCAGGACCGCUCGGGCAUCGCCAUGUUAACCGCUCGCUUCCUCGGGCUCAUCGUCCUUGUCGGCGCCGCCGGCUUCCUCGCAGAAGCUGAUGCCGAGUCCGGCACCGUGAUCCCGGCUGAAAGUCGUCCCUGUGUUGAUUGUCAUGCUUUUGAAUUCAUGCAGAGAGCGCUGCAGGACUUGAAAAGAACUGCAAAUAACUUGAAUACAAGGACCGAUGAUCUGCUCCUGAGAGUUGAAAAGCGGGCUUUAUGUGAUUGCUUGCCUUCAAACCUAUAGACUGAUGAAUCGGAGUAGUGCAUUGAGACUAAGUUCAUAAAAGUCCAAUGAUUCAUGAGACACAAACAAGUGAACUGUGUUUGAAGGUCGCUUUAACUGGGAUAUGUGAAGCUUAACAUCACUACAAGUAGUUAAUAUAUUGUGAGCCUUUUCAAAAGAAUGGAAUAUUUAAUUGAUGAAGCUGCUGUUCUUUGGAAUUCUCCUGUGCCCUGUUUUCACAAAAUUCCAGAGGGCCUUCCAUAACCAUUUAACCAUCCCAUCUCACUGAUGUUUCCAUUGUAUUAUUCCCUCCCUUCCCACUCCUCCAAACUGGAUUCCUUUCCAAUCUGUCUAGUUCACCUUUCCCUAUCAAACAGAAAUUUCUAAUGUGAAGAUUUGUAUCUUGACUUAACAACUUGUAGGUUUUUUGCAGGUAAUUUGUUUGCACUUUUAUUUAUAUUGUACUUAAUUAGUAAGCAUGAAAUACUAUAUAAUGGGAGUUCACUGUUACGUUCUUACUGGCAAUAAGGAGGAAAAUGGAGUUGAGGCAGGAGGGUGGUAUGAUGGAACAGCAUGUUGUGGUGAGGGGGUUGGUAGAGGAGGGAAUGCAUAUUGCUGACGUUUCUUGUUAUGCUGAUAUAACACUACAGUAAUAUUCCAUUUGGUGAGUAGAAUGUUCUUUGCAAGUUUUGAAUAUUUAGCUGUGGUAUGAGAUUGACAAGUAGUUUUAUUAACUUGUAUUGAUCUGAAAAUAUUACUUAACUGUAAAAUUGCAUGGUACAGUUGCCAUUGUAACUUUUCCAAAGUAAAAUUCCAUUCAACAGGAAACUUGAUUUUAAACAUUUUAUUGCUUGUGUACAUUUGUGCUUCAGUUCCAUUUCAUAUCUCACCACCCCCCCCCCCCCCACCCUUUAAUGUUAUUGUGAGCAUCAGGCAGGAACUGUGAAUGAAACACUCUUCCACUUAGUGUAGAUUUUUUUUUAGAAGAGUAACAAAAUGAGUAGUUUCCCUCUCCCAUGUGCAUGCUUCCUGCAGUUUUCUGACCGAGGAAUCCUGUUCUGUGCUAGACAGUUUUUAGUCUUUGAGGUGAUAGGAAACUAGUAAAAGUUGAGCCUUGGGUUGUCACUUCUAACAUUUUUACCAGUCCUUUCUUCUGUUCUCUACAACUUGUGGGAAUAAGCUGUUAGUAAAAGUUUGAAAUGGACUAUAUAUUUAUGUAAAGUUUUUUCAUGUGUGGUUGCUAAUCUACUUUCCAAAUUUGGAAAAUUCAAGAAAUCUUUAAAAUUCCAACUAUCUUUCUUUUAUCAUUGGUUAAAAAAAAGUUCAAAAGGUGGAGGUAGACUGGGCCAGAAUACACAAAAUAGUUUUACUAAGAAAAUUCCAUUGCAGUGAUGAUAUUUAAAAUGCUGUCAUGUAAAAAGCUGCAAGAUUAUUCAUAAUUUAUUUACACUGUAUGCCUGUGGUGUUGCAAAUAAGUUUUUCAUUCUAGCCAUGCAUCUAUGUAUUUGUACAUUAAACUCAACUUUGACUUGCACUGAAA